GCGAGAGUUGGGAGAGACCAACAAGCCCAGCUGCACAUUCGUCUCUAGCUGCACUAUUGACCUUGAGGCCAGCAAGUCUUGGCAGGACUGGGAAGAAGAGAAACACCAGCUGUGGCUCAUUGACUGACGUUCAGCCCCGAGAUCAGUGUUUAAGGAGUACUGCUGCAGUAUAACAGUGAGGAGGCGUGCAUGAGUCCAUGUGCCUGGCUUGUGCUUGGAGAUGUCAUCCAGUCUUUCCUACUAUGCCUUACGGAUGGCUCACUUGAGUUCACGGAUAUUUGGGGAAGUGGUUCGCCCAACAGAUUCAUCGUCCAUGAAAGUAGUGAAACUGUUAAGUGAGCAGCCUUAUGCGAAGCGGAAGGAAGUAUAUGACUGGUAUCCUCCCCACAAUACCUACUACAACCUCAUGAUGAAACUUCGCUUCUAUGGCCUCUACAGAGAUGAACAUGAAGAUUUCAAAGAUGAGAUGAAACGACUGAAGAAGCUGCGUGGGAAAGGGCCCCCUAAGAAAGGAGAAGGAAAAAGAGCCUUGAAGAAGAAAUAGCAGCAUGGUUGUUGUUGCAGUAACUGGUAUUGAAUAAAUACAUCUUAGGACA